AGGUGCAGAUAAUAUAUAUGCAUACACAAAUGUACAUACAAUUAUUAUAAAUAAAUAUAUUUUAUUUCGUAAGUUUUCCCAAUUUUGCAACACAGUUGUAGAGUUUGUUUAGUUAUUUAUUUUAGUUAGGGCUCAUAUCAGUUUUUUUUUUUUUUUUUUUUUUUUUAACUCACCAAGGGACUAUGUAUUAAAAUGGUAUAUGUAUAAAAUGGUAUUAAAGUAUUGAAUGUUUUGAUAGAAUGUAUGUAUUUAUCCCACAUAUUUAGGAGUUUUAUGUUUUUUUUGUGGAGCAAGAGCAGCUAUAAAGUUUAUGUAUACUUUUUUUGUAUGACAUUAUAAAACAGCACAUUCAGCUUCUCUAUGGUAAAAUCGCUUCUUCCUUGUUUCGUAUUGUGAAAUAGUGCAAACACUUCUGUUGUGCAUCAAUUUUUUCCCAUGAAUGAAACUGAUUUAUUUCUCGUAGUCACAAUCACAGAAUAGAUCAGUGGAAGAAGUGUGACGAAGAUAACAUUUCAAGACAUUGCUGAGAGACAUUUUAACCAACUGCUCUCUUAUAAGUGAAUCUUUAUAAUCACUGCAGGUGUGGUAGCCGAGGAAAGAAUGACAGUUAAGUACCAAACUUCGACGGAGACAACUAUGGACAUAGAUGAUGGAAAUCUUGGCAACAAGCACCUUUUCAUGGAUGGCAGCAAGUUUCAAAAUUUUGUUUUUUUUUCAGUGCAUGCACUGAGAAACAGCCCUGUUAGGGUUGCUGCGCUUGCCCUUGGGUUUCUGUGUGUAGUCCUGGUGGCUGGUCUCAUUGGUCAGUCUGUCCACUGCCGGAAAGUGGGCAAUGAGAAUCAGAACAAGUUCGAAGCUGUUACAGGGGAGAUGGACAAUCUACAGUCUAACCUGAAGACUGCACAGAAUGAGAAAAAGAAUCUGGAAAUCACUCAUGACCAUUUACAACAAAAUUACAAUAAUACGUCUAACUCAAAAUAUCAAAUGAAUAACACAAACAGCCAAAUAUCAGAGGAAGUAAUCAAACUUAAACAGAGUGAAAGCACACUGCAAGCCAGUAACACUGCUCUGAGCAAAGAACUUGAAGAGCUUAAGGCCAGCAAGGAGAAGUGUCAGACUAAUAACGAAGCCUUGUCGACAGCUAAAGACUCACUUCAAACGAAGUAUGAUUCAAUUGCCAGGAGCAAAAAUGACUUACAGGCCAACUUUGACACAGUGACAAAAGAGAGGGACAAUUUGCAGAACCAAUUUAAUAAUGCAACAAGGUCAAAAGAGAAGCUGCAAAACGAUUAUAACAGUCUGAUCAAGGAUAUUGAGCACCUAGAGGAAAGGUAUCGUGCCUCUUCCAGUGAGAGAGACAGCAUUGCAAGCAGUCACCAAAAUCUGACAAUGGAGAAAGAAAAUCUACAGGCCACGUACACCACACUUUCCAAAGCCACUGACAAAUUAUUGGCGUCCUACAAUUCUGUAAUUGAGGAGAAGAAAUAUCUUGAAAGCUGCUUGAAAAAUGUGACUGCAGAGAGAGACCUGCAGAGUGUGGAAAUCAGCAGCAUGAGUUCUGUGGUUGACCAUCUGCGAGCCACCGUCACAAGACUGAACACAACUACGAAAGUCUGUCCAAGUAACUGGAAGAAGUUUGACACAAGUUGCUACUUUGCUUCUAAAACCAAAGACACAUGGUACUCGAGCAGAGAUUUCUGUAAAAACAAAAAAGCACAUCUGGUCAUUAUAAACAGUCAUGAGGAAAUGAAAUUUGUCAAUAACUUGUUUUCAAGUCCUGGUAUCGAAAAAAUCUGGAUUGGCUUGACUGAUCAGGGAGUUGAAGGUCACUGGGUGUGGAUGGAUGGGACCCCAUUGUCCCUACAGUUUUGGGCUGUUGGCCAACCGAACAGGUACAGUGACAACCAGGACUGUGGAGAGUUUUGGUACCGUUCUUCAGGAAAUGCCGAGUGGAAUGAUGCAAACUGUAGUUCAUAUAGAUAUUGGGUUUGUGAGAUGUAGAUUUGUCUUUUGAUUAGUUUUUAAAAGUGAUUUUAGAAUGAUUGCACUUGGAUGAAAUAAUAGCUGCACCUGUAAAGCAUAUAUGCACAUAAAGAGAGGGCCUUAAAAGGAAAGUACAGAACUCAAGGCUGUUUUCCCCUUAUCUCAUUGGCUGCCAUUGAGAGCAAUAGAUGUCCGAUGCAUUUGUACUGGGAGGGGCGGGCGGUAAAUAUUCAUUGCCACCUCCUUCUAGUUAAAAUGGAAUGGACAUCUAUCACCAUCAAUUGCAGCCAAAGAGUGAAACAGUGAAAUAUGGAUGACAUAGGCACAAAAAAUACGAAAUGUUAUGCAAUUAAAUUUUAGAAUUUUAGUUUUUAUGUUCUUGCUUCAGAGUUCGUAGUUCCUUAUAUUGAUCCCGGAUGUAUACAUGUAUUAUUCUGAUUGAUAACAUUUUGUGGAUUCCUUUUAAUGAUAUACUUGAAAAAUCAUAAACACCUCUGCAAUCUGUAUGAGCUAAUCAAAUCCAUAAUAAUUAUCAAUUAAAGUUGUUUUAAAUUUUAUCUGUGAAACACAAGAAGUAAAAAUGUUUGUGGUUUGAAACUGAUUAUUCCUUAUAAAAAUAAAUGU